AUGCUACGCAGGUUACGACCUCUCGGGUCCCAGAAGGCUUCACUCGCAAAAAGAGCUUCGUCUUCGUACGGGAGCCCUAAUAACAACCCUGGUCUCUAUAAUACUUACAACAAUAACAAUUAUACCAGUCAUCAGAAUAACCAAUAUAAUCCCCACCAAUAUAAUAGCCAAUUUAACAAUAAUAACAAUAACAACCAGUACAAUCCCAAUCAAUACAACAGCCAAUACAACAAUAACCAAUAUAAUAACCAAUACAACAACCACCAAAAGAAACCCUUCUUUUCCUUCAGAAAAUUUGCUACCGUGAUUUCCGUGUCAACGAUAUCCUACUUUUUCUACCUUCAAUGUUUCAAUCCUAUAAUAGACCCAUUCCCAAUACAAAUACGUUUACUCCUUCAACAGGCAGUACAAUGUCAAUCUGAUCCGGCUAAGGCAUUGAAAUUAUACAUCGAGGCUCUUGAAGUAGCAGAUUCCCUUGAUAUUGAUCCGGUUUCCGACCAGUACACCGAAAUCCAAUUGCAAAUCGCUACUAAUUAUGAAGCAUUGGGGUUGGAUUUAAAAGCACAAAUGAUUUACUUGGAAAUAAUGAGAGCUUAUGAACACGCCUUAUUAACCAACAAAGUCGACAUUUAUGACCGCCCAUACAUCAUUCAAAAACUUUUGAGAGUAUUAAUAAAAAACGCAUUGCUAUGUGGCGAGACCAUUCCCGAUCACAUGUCGCUAUUAAUACUUCAAUACUUGCAAGAAACUCAAAAUGAAGUUAUCAACAGACUUGGUGGAUUGGAUGUGUAUCCAGGCGCUGAAGAUGAUGGACCACCAUUCAGCCAGAGCGCCCCAAGAAAUAAAAUCUUGGGAGCCAGUUCAGAAUUGGCAUCGUCUCAUAGACCAGGUCAACUGAAUAAUAACAGAAACAGAAGCAAUUUGCCUUCCAAUGGCUUUCCAUACCCUAUAAGUACAGCUGCCACCGGCCUGCUUGAUGAUGAUGAUGAUGAUUUGACCCCAACACUACUUGAUUUAAAUGCUGCGUGGGCGCCUUUUGCCCCGGAAUUUUUCACCGCUAGAGAUUUGUUCCUUUGUCUCACCAGUACUUCAAAUCGUUUCAAUGUUCACUCGUCGAUGCAAGGCGCUGCCUGCCAGGCAACAGUUACCACCAACCAAUGGAUGAGCAAUGCUGGAGCCCAUCCAGCAGAAGUCAUGAAAAGUUAUAAUGCUUGUGGAUCAAUAUUAUAUACUAUGGGUAUCCAGAUUGAGAGGUUGGGUGAUUAUUUGGCUGAUUCAUCGACAUCUGAGUCUGAUAACGCCCUUCAACUCUCUGACAGUUUGCUUCGUAAUUCUGCCGAAGCUUACAAAGUGGUGAUUGACAUCUCGAAGAAAAACCUGAGCAUUAAGAAUUUGUCCCUCCCACUAAGUGCCCUAAGACCUGUUGAUAUAACUGAUAUUCUUGUGGCUACACGACAGGAGUUAAAAGAUAAACAAAAGAAUAAAGAUGAGACCUCCUCGCAGUCGAGGUUCUCAAUUUUAAAUGCGUUGCGCUUCCAAGUGGCAAGUGAAGCAGUAUACCAGAAAGUCAUGAAGAAGAAGGCUUCAUUGUACCAAAAAGAAAUGUUGCGGCAAACGGCAGUCGCACACUAUGGUCUCGCAUUGGUGUCGCUUAAUGAUGGGGAUUUCCACACCGCAGAAAGAAUGUUAAGACACGCCCGAAUCAUAGCCAAAGACGUAAAUGAUGAUAUUAUAAUUGGGAGAGUCGAAGAAGAAUUGGAAAAAUUGUCAAAGCAGAAAGAAUCUGUGAAAGAUGGAGAUAGACACACUGGGCCGGGAGUCGGUGUUGAAUGGUUCUUGGAGUUUGAAUGA